GAAACGAUGGCCGACAACAAUCGAGGAGGGUCGUCUACUAACGAAAUUACUUAUUAUUUAAACAUCGAGAAUGCCAAAAUCUUAGCUUUUUGUAUUGUUUGUGGGUUUGUUAUGUAUCAUGGCGUACUACAUCUUAAAUACGGUAAUGACUCUUGUAAAUGGUUGUUAAGUGAUGGGCGUUUUCCUGGGUAUAAUACAUGGCAGCCCUAUGGAUGUAUGAUGCACAAGUACUCCAAAGUACACACCAGGCGGUGUAUGCACUACAUAUACUACUGGGGGGAGCAGAACCACAUCACGUUCCUCGGAGAUUCUCGCAUAAGACAGCUGUACUUUGAAUUUGUGAACCUUCUUAGUCUGCACAGAAUCGACGACCAUAAAGCUCAUCAAAAUCUUUAUUUUGAGGACAAGAAAAUCAGUGUCAAAGCUGAGUUUUUGUGGCAUCCCAUGGUGAAUUCUUCCAUGUAUGAUGUGUAUAAGAACUGGCUGAUGGCAGAUAAAAGUUCCCGGCCCAAUCUCCUGAUUACAGGCAGUGGAACUUGGAGUAUCAAGGAGUUUAAUGCAUCAGUGGAGGCAGUGAAAAACUUCGAAUUGAACCUCACCAUGAUUCUUCCAUAUAUCUUGAAGUUAAAAGAUAGUACUCAGAUUAUCUGGAUGUUGCAAGAUCCAGUGGAUGAAUCCAAGCUCUACCCAAAUCGUUCCAUGAUCAACAAUCAGCAGGUAGACGCCUACAACAAGGUGGCCAUUGAUAUUCUUGGUGGCAGUGAGGCUAAGCUGUGGAGCUCCUCCCGACUGGUCGCCCAGGGUAUCCAUGACAACGCGGUCCUGGAUGGGCUCCACAUCUCCAAGAGUGCCCUAGAACUUGACCUACAGAUGCUGUUGAACAUGUACUGUAAUGACCACAUGAACCACAAUGAUGGAACAUGCUGUCGUGUUCCGGAUUCCAUCACCUCCAUACAGAUCAUCACUGCCGCUUUCUUCUUAGUCUGUUUGCUGUCAGCUAUUGCCAUGUUUCUGUACAGAAGGAGGAUUCGACGCAAUGGUAGCAAAGCCAGGGCAGCUGACAACGGCAUCCGUAAUGGAAGAUCCUACGUCACAUCAACAGAGAAAACCUGGCCCGACACUCUGUAUGAGAUCAUGCUUUGUCUGGCCAAGCUAGGGCUGAUCAUGGCGUACACAUUCUUGUGUGACAGAACCAAUUUCUUUAUGAAAGAGAACAAAUACUACACACAUGUUAAUUUCCUGCUGCCAUUUGCCUACCUGAUGAUUCUUGGCUUCUUCUUCACAGAAAAUACAGACCAGACUAAAGUCUUGCAUCGAGACCAGACAGAUGAAUGGAAGGGCUGGAUGCAGCUUGUCAUAAUGAUCUACCACCUGACAGGGGCCAGCAAGGUGUUACCUAUCUACAUGCAUAUUCGGGUGCUGGUCUCGGCCUACCUGUUCUUGACAGGUUACGGGCAUUUCUCCUACUUCUGGAACAAAUCCGAUUUCAGUGUACAAAGAUACUGCCAGACAAGUUGUAAUGUGCGAUGUUGUGGCUGGUAUGACUUCCGAUAUUAUGCUGAAGUGAUGUUCCGGUUGAAUUUCCUGGUUGUGGUGCUGUGCUUCGUGAUGAACCGGCCGUACCAGUUCUAUUACUUUGUGCCACUGGUUUCCUUCUGGUUCACAGUGGUUUACCUAACCAUGGCCAUCUGGCCGAGAAUAUCUGAUGCUUCUUGUGAAGCUAGCAACCUUCACUAUCUGUACAUGAUAAUCAAGUUCAUCAUUCUUACCACUGUGAUCACCCUCUUCUUCAUGUCAGAGGUUCUGUUUGAAAAGGUGUUUUUGAUGAGGCCGAUCAAGGCACUGUUUGUCCGCUCCGACGAUUCUUUACACGAGUGGAGGUUCAGAUGGACAUUAGAUAGAUAUAGUGUGGUGUAUGGGAUGGUAUUUGCCUUUGGCUAUCAUCUGUUGCUGAAGAAAGGGAUUAUAGCAGACAACCACACCAAAUCCCUGUUCUCCACCGGCGUCUCCUUGUCCCUUACCAUCCUCAGCUUCAUAGGAUUAGGGAGUUAUGCCAUAUUUUCAUUCCUGUGUAAGAAUAAGACGGAGUGUAAUGAUACCCAUUCUUAUCUAGUAGCUCUACCGUUGAUCUCCUAUGUCACAGUCAGAAAUGUCUUGGGCUGGGUGAGGACCAGAUAUAGCUCAUUCUUCGCCUGGUUUGGCAAAAUAUCUCUCGAGCUGUUUAUUGCCCAGUACCAUAUAUGGCUGGCUGCCGACACAUACGGAGUUCUAGUCCUAAUGCCAACGUACCCUGUCUUAAAUGUGAUCUUGACUUCCUUCAUAUUUAUCUGUGCUAGCCACGAAAUCUCCAAAAUUACCGGAAUCCUUACCAAUUACUUAGUGCCAAAAGAAGGGAAAGCACUCCUGCGGAACGCUAUUAUAUUUUUCAUGGUUAUGUUUCCCCUUUCCAUUUCGAAAGGUGUUCUAACAUUUUAAAGUAUUUUAUAUAUAUAUUAUAUUUAUUAAAUUUUGUUUUGUGCUAUUUGUAUAUUGAGGAGAGAGAGUGUUGGUAUGAUCACUGUUAUGAAUUUUAAGUAUAACUCUGUUGUAAAUAAUGAUUCUAUUAAAAAAGUUUGUUAUUUAUUACAUGUAUGUAUGUAUGUUGUAAGAAAUAAUUUCUGAACAAAGUUGGAGAUAUAUAUGUAAUAAUUCAUGUAAACUAUUAUAUACAUGUAUUAAGUCUUUUUUUUACUCUUCAUUUUUCACUAAUAAAAAUUAUGAAUAUUAAUAAAACAAAACUUAUUAUUUU